UACAACUCGAUUAUUCACAUAAAAAGAUUGAUCAAUGCAUAACAUUAUAAUCACUAAUUAAAUGGAGAAUCCAACAACAACUGAAGAUCAUCAACAAACGAAGCCACCACGAACUAGACCAGAACGCCACAUCCUCAUUAUUUGGUUGGCUACGCUUCUUCUAGUGUUGACAGUCGCAGUGGGUUUGGUCGUGCUCAUGGUACGACUCGUCCUCCACCCAAAACGACUCGUUUUCAGCGUCGAAGACAGUUCAGUCCAACACUUCCACAUCUCAAACGACAACCAUCUAAAAGCGUCGUUUAAUUUCACCCUUCGCUCCUACAACCCCAACUCCCGACUCUCCAUCUACUACGACUCAAUCGAGUUCGAGGUCUACUACCGCAACCAAACCCUAGCAUUUGGUGCGGUGGACCACCCAUUCUUUCAGCAUCGUAAACACAAGGUGACUCGACUCAACCUCACUGCUACUACUACUGCUACUAUGUUCAUAAGUCUCCCGAGCUCGGUCUCUGGAGACUUAAGGAACCAGAAGAAGGUUGUUGAGGUUGACCUUAAGCUCAAUGGAAGGAUUAGGUUUAAAGUUGGUGUUUGGAAAUCUUCUCAUCGAACCCUAACGGUCGUUUGUCCCGAUGUUUGGAUUGACUUCUCUGAGUUCAAGACCUUCCAUCAAUCUAAUUGCGACGUUAAACACUUUUGAUUUUUUUUAGAUCUUAUACUAAAUAGAAGUAUAGAUCUAACACUCUAGAGAAUGAUGAUUUAUAAGUGUAUCUAGAAGUACAUUGUUUUUGUUUGUUUGUUAAUGAUUCGAGUAUAUAUAAUUAGGAUUUGAGCACGACUUUAAUACUUUUACGAUUGCAUGUGUGUGCUAAUUGUUUUUGUACGUAAAAUUUUAUUGAUUUGUUUUUGUUGAUAAUAUGGUGUUUUUUUUUCUAAAUGAU